AUGGAAUUUAACAGCUAAUUUUUUAUUUAAAGCAAGCCUUAUAUGGCAAACUCUAAUGAAGGUCAAUUUUUUAAAGAAAACUUAACAACUAGCAAAUUAGAGAGCCACGCCUACAUAUAAGAUGAUAAUAUCAGCUAGUUUCUGAAUGAAAUUCAUAGCUAUACUCACAUUAACACUUUAAUUGUUUGUUAAGACUUUUUCUACUAGAAGAUUGAUGAAUGGUGUGAUUUUUAAGAUCAAAUGGCUUAGUUAUUUGCACAUUUGCCAUGUUUUGAUAAUUUAACAGACUUAUUUAUUAAAUUGGAUAUUUACAGUUCUAAUCCUAACUAGGAAUUUAGAAAAAUAAAUCUAGAGGAUAUUAAAAUUUAAGGUUGUCCAAUGAUAAAUAGCUCUUUAAUGCUUAGCGAUAAUAAAAUCGAUACAAGCUACACUAAUAUUCUUUCAAUGCUAUCUGCUAUUCAAUAAAGUAACCCCUAUUUAAAUAACAAAAUUAACUUGCACCUAGUUAUGUGUAUAAGUCAGGAUUAAAACACAAAGCAUUUUAUAGAUUCUAUCAGCAUGAUCUCAAAUUUAAAAUCGUUAGAAAUUAAAUACUAUUGCUAAAAUUAUAUGUAAGAAAAUAUUAAUGAUAAUAAUUAAAUCUCAAACAAUAGACUUCUUUUUCUCAACUUAACAAGACAAAUAUCUAAAUGUUAGAGCUUAAAAAAUAUCAAGCUCAUCAUCCCUAGCUUAGACUUAAUUCAGCCUAUCCAAACUUAAGAAAACCACAAUCCUAAUUCUUUUAACUAAGAAGUUAUGCAAUUAACAAGUGCUAUUUCAAUGUGUAAGAAUCUAUAAAAAGUAUCUCUUCACCUUCCUAUCCAGUUCUUCUUUUAAGACUACUUAAAGCAAAAAAAUUCAUCUGAAAAAAGUAUUCAUUCUAACUUAAAAGCACUCAGCAAUCUUAAUAAAAUCAAAAUUUUUGAGUUUCAUUUAAUAAAAUUUAAAAACACUCCCAACAUGCGCAGAAAAACACAGCAAAUUAAUGAUCUUAGUAUUUACUUGAAGAAGUAAAUUGUAUAAAAUCUAUCUCAUCUUGUGCUUUAUUAACCUUGA